UCAACAAUGCGAAACGCAUGCACAGCAACACCGAUCAAGGUUGUCGGUGUGUUGAUUGUGCCUCCCUCCUUCGGGAGCUCCUUUCGGUCGUAAAACAUGGGAAUUGUUUUGUACACUCUCACGCAAACAAGUAGUAACAUCGUCUGUAUGCAAAGAUUGAGCUGCAGCGCACUCUAGACUGUGUCACUUGGACUGUGGCAGCAACGCAAAGCGGUAGCACGCGACAGGAAGCCCGCGCUUAUCGCGGCAAAACUAUUGUAACCAUUCGGGCACAAACCGAUUCGACAUUGUUCGUUCAGAUUAAACGUUAGGUAGUUCUGUAAAGUUAUGCUGUACAACUCAGCAAGCAAGCAUAGGAAACAAUCGUUUGACUAUUUCUGAAACAUUCUGACGAGAAACGAGCGUUUUCUCAGUUGAACGCAGUGCUCCUGUAGAAGAUCGACGAAAACCUGUGUAACGCACCGGCUGCAAGGACCAGCUAAGGUUUUUGUGUUGUUUAGUGAAGGAAAAAAGCUUAUCUAUACGUUGAUCGCUGUCGAUCACAGUGUCUAUAAUGCAAGCCAUCAGUUACAAUGAGCGAUUUUUCAUCGACAAUUAUUCCACUAUGGACGAGGACGAUGAGCUGUAUCUGAGCUAUGACUGGUCAUCAGACGCAAUGUCUAUUAAAAGCGCCGGAAGUGACUCAAGUCGAUCCAAUGAUUUUGAUCAGAACGGCGAGCGGCUUUCGUUGGCCUAUGAACAAUUGUCUCAGAUCCCGCGCAAAAUCGCCGAGAAGUUCUCUCGCACGACGACUAUCUUGGAUUUGAGUUACAACGAGAUCAAGGACUUAUCCUUCUUGACACACUUCCGGCAGCUGAACACGCUCAUCUUGGACAAAAACGUACAGCCGGACGAGCGGACAUUACCUACACUUCCCAACCUGGAGCUUCUAUGGCUCAACCACUGUGAUAUCAAUAACCUACAGAACUGGAUCUACCGCAUCCGAGAAUGUUGUCCAUCGCUGAAGUACCUAUCGCUGAUGGGUAACCCGGGAGCAACCUCCUCCUUCAACGGUAACUCUACCCUAGAACACAACGACUACCGGUUGUUCGUGAUCAGUAUUCUGCCACAGUUACGCUACCUGGACGAUAGCGAAGUGACGCCAGCUCAACGAACGCAGGCGAAAAACUUCAAACAAAGCUACAACCUUAAUCAAGGACCUUACAACAUCUUCGAGACAGUAGGACGUCGCCAGCAGCCAGUACUUCUACCAGGUGCACUUGCUCCUGCGUCAACGGAAACCCCAGCACCUUCGACAACGGCCACAACGGCUAUAACAACGACCAAACCAGCUCCUCAAAUUUCCAAUCCACAGAAGAAGCAUCGAAAACGUCGUGGCGGCGGCACACAGUCGGAGAAUUCGUAAAAUAUGUCACCUCGCUGACAAAGCAUGUUGCAAUAUUUAAUCUUACCGUAGCACAUAACGACAGGUACGCAAGAACCAUGGACAACGUAACAGCACAUUUUCAAGGUGCUAUGUACUGUUCUAUUUAACAAUUAAGUUUUGUAAUAAAGAAUGGACCUCAGGCAUGGAAUGCUGACUA